GCUAAAUUGCAAAUCACCAGCGUUGCGCUUGCGCAGCGCGAUUAAGAAAUAAGAAAAGUCUCAUACAUAAAAAAUUUUCAUCAUCGGUUCGUUCAUGCUCGCUGAAGUAACAACUCAAAUAAAGUUUUGGAUGAAUAUGGAGAACCGCAGAUAUUUUCUUCUCUAUUUGUGGUUUUGUAUCUUCAUGACCCUAACUACCGCAAGAACCUUGUGCCCAAGGAUCUUCUUUCAAAACAUCGACGAAGGCAAGAUGCCGUAUAAAGUCAUCGAGGGAGUCUUUGUCAAACAAUCUUACAAUUACAAUGGCUUUCCUGUUUACAAGCACGAGGAUUCCACUGUGUUUUUUUACUACAGCAAAGCAAGUGCUGGAGGUUCGUUGCAUUUUGCAUAUGGGUCAAAUUAUAAUAAUUAUUUCGGAGUAGGUGCUACCGUUUUGAGCUACGUGAGGCCAUCAGUGUGGCUGGCUUCUUCAGCUAGUUUAGAUAGAGACGACGUGUUCAGUGGGUUGAUAUCUCAGUGGUUUUACUGGAAUGAUCGCGACAAGCAAAACUACUACGCCACAACUCCUCCGACUAUUAAAGCCAUUUGCGUCGACGAAGAUUUCAGGGAAUGCAACUCUGACAGAGUUUAUUUGAACGUUACUUUUCACGAUGGAAAAGGCAACACACUGAUAAAUGCUUCUAUGGAUUACUUCAUUCGAAUGCCUGGAGAAUUCAGUUAUCUACGACCCGUCUAUAAAUACUAUAAACAGUCAUGGUAUCUGCUGUAUACAUCGGAUCAAUACUGGGUAGUCACUAGGACAAGAUACCCAAUCAGUUCACAUGAUGAUACUGGUGCGUAUAUGCGCGUCAAAGAUCUUGCUUUGCGCCCCGAGUACAUCACUAAAACAUGGUCCGUUUAUUACAAUGUUUGGCGUGACAAUUACUCGCUCAAAGUUAAAUGUCGUGGCAUCGGCUCCAUGACAGACAAGUGUCACACAUCACCUUGUAGAAGUGGAUCCACAUGUGUUUAUACGUCCGGUAACGAAACGCUUUGUAUCUGCGCUCCAGGAUACAUGGGAGUUCGAUGUGAUAUCAAGAAAGUAUGCUCAAAACCCCAGCCAUAUUAUACAGAAAUAGGGUUUAACUUCGCGGGAAAUCGUCCAGGAGACUUAGCUAUGACGUUUUGUAAAGGUUCCUAUCCAUCUAAAAGGUAUGCUCUUUGCGAGGAUGGAAACUACUGGUCACGGCAAGGUACAUCAUGCACGUCUGCAGAAAGAUUUACUACAGAAAGACCUAUUUAUACAUACCCUAGACGAGUUCAUACAUCAGAGUCAAAACCAAUCAACUUCGACGAUAUUCCUGGUCUAACCCCUGGUAUUUUGGUCUCCGCUAUUUUGCUACAAAUUUUGCUGCCUCUAAUUCUAUGGUGCUGUGCCAUCUGCAGAAAGAGUUGGAAGGAAACGGAUGAAGGAAUGGAGGAUGAAAGAAGACAGCAGCAGUUCAACGAAGCACUAGAAAGACAGCUAGAAAUGGUUAGGAGAGCUGAAAGCCAAGAGGAAUUAGACCAAGGGGUUCAAGAAUACAGGGGAACCGUCCAGCAGUAUGAAAGAGAAAGAGAACAAACGGAAAUCAAGCGGAAAAAAGGACUCUAUCGCAACGCAAGUUAUUGGAGGCUAACUUCAAUGCACAUGUUCUUUUCGUUUUACCUUUGGCUUAUCUAUUUGCUCAUCUAUGAAUCAACUGCUUAUCAAGGAGUGAUCUUUUUUGCUUUGUAUAUCAUAGCAAUCAUCAUGCUGAUCAUCGCUCCUAUAGUCGUGCUCAUUGAAAGUAUUUUCUCACACGAACUGGACUAUAUCAAGAACAUCAUGGAAGAUGAGACCGCGUGGAGCUACAUCCAGAGAAUGCAACAGGUCGCUCCAGUCAUAACCAUGAAGGUGGAAUGUUACCACUGGGAAACUAGAACAAGGGUUGUUUACUAUACGGACGCUAAUGGAAACACCCAGUCACGCACAGAAACCUACCAAGAACGCGUGGUCACGUUUGUAGAUGUCGAUACGUUUUCCUACGGUUCGUGGGUUGAUGCAUCAAAAAACGAGAUGCCUGCUCUCAGUACUGUUGCAUUGACGCGACUCAAGAUUGAUCUUCAUAUUCUGUUCGGUGAUGACGAAACUGCUGACGAAUACAGACGACAAAAAGAGGCCAUGUUGGAGAGGAAUGAACACCGAGAUGACCACAUGGACUUUUCUUAUAGUGAAGAAGUCCCCGGAUUGGCAAAGCGUAUCUCUGCCUAUGUCGAUCUGAGACUCAAACCUUGGUGGAUUCGCCAACGAUACUUCUGGCUGGCCACGUUACUGUUCAUGACCUGGCCAUACCGGUGGUUGUUCAGAGCGAAGACGGCCAAAAAUUAUUAUGACCUGAAGAAAAAGAUCUACAAGACAACAAAUCCUCCACCAGAAGUGGACAUGAUGGAUCCUGUGGCACUUCUCCAGCAACGUCAAAAGCCUAUCUUACUUCAAGACCAUGUCAACCCGUCGUUUUCAAUGUCAGAGUUGCCUUCUGCUGAGCCUCCGCCGCCUCCUUACUCUUCCGUAUCACCAGUUGGCAUAGGAGCCCCUCUAUACCCACCCUCAACUUCAAGCUACUCAUCAGACCCUCCGUACCCACCCAACGCUCCGGUUGGUACACCAUCUCCUCCAUACCCACCCACGGCAUCAGGCAGCCAACCAACCCCUCCUUACCUACCCACCGGACCAGUUGGUACACCAGCUCCUUCGCACUCUACCUCCGCCCCACCUGGCACCCAAGCCCCCUUUUACCCACCUACUGCAGGCACCGUGCCAUACCCACCAAACCAAGGCACGGGGCAGGCUUUCCCAGCUCCAGUCAUGCCACAAGCGGUACCCAGUGCUCCUCCACCUAGUUAUGACGCAGCUGUCAAUCAAACUAAUCCAAAUUCUUGUGUGACCUUUCAUAACGAUUGCAUUAUUUGGUUGAGUAAUUUUCACUUUAUAAAAAGCAUGACUGAAGAAACUCCACAUUUCGAUGGAGAUACAGUGACUGCUGUAGCAGUCACUGCAUUACUGGUGGCGAUCUUAAUCCAGUUCUCUUUACCGUUUGUUUUAUACUUCUGUGCCUACUGCAUGAAAACAUGCAAGACAUGUAUCGAAGCAAAACAAGAGCGAAAACUACGAAGAGAAUUAGAAGAAGAAGUAGAUAGAUGGUAUUUGGAGACCGAAACUGCUGCAAGAUCGAAGAGCAAUGAGGAGUUGGCAAAGUGUGUUCAGCACUACCAUGAAGCAGUGGAGCGACGAGAUGAGGCAUUGAAAAUAAAGCGUCAAAAAGGUUUCUACCGAAAUGUGACACUAGUAAGAUUAGUAUCUCUGGUUGCAUACGUCUCAUUCUUCAUGUGGGUUGCAGUCUUUGUUGCCUGUGAGAUGUCAAAAUGUUCCAAGUAUGGACCAUCGUGGAGUUAUCUGCGUGUCAUGGGGUUCGUCAUGUUAGCCAUCUCACCCAUAAUUGUUCUCAUCGAAAGCGCGUUUUCACACGAGCUGGAUUACAUCAACAACAUCUUGGAGGAUCAGUCUGCCUGGACCUUCAUUCAGAACAUGCACCUAAUGAAUCCUGAGAUAACGAUUAUGAUAACGUGCUACCACUUUGAAACAAAGACGCGAGCUAGCAGCCCUUCAGAACCCGCAACUUCUUCUAAUAAGGAAACAAAACUGGUGGUAACUUUUGAGCAGGACUAUCCUUUUACCUACGGUUGUUGUGUCGACGCCUCGGACCAGGAACUACCACCUUUAGAGCAGGGAUAUCUCACGCGCAUCAAAGUUGACCCGUACAUCUUACUCGGGGAUAGCCAGACGAAAAGAGAAUUCGCAGAACAGCAAGAAAGAUUGGUCGCAAUCAAUAAACACAGAGACAAGAAUAUAUCGAUGUCGAUAAAAAAGGAAAUACCAGGAUUGGAUAAGCGAUUCUCUGCUUAUGCUGAUCUAGCUGCCAAGUCAUGGUGGAUUCGCCCUCGGUACUUCUGGCUGGCCUCAGUUCUGUUCAUGUCCUGGCCCUACCGCUGGAUAUUCAGAGCGAGGACCCCAAAAAUUCACUACGCGUUGACAAAAAAAAUCUACAAACGGAAUACCCCGCCGAAAAAGGACAGCAUGGAUAAAAGUACAAUUAAUGAUAUUUUACGACGACAUGGUCGAGUCCUUCCUGACGAAAAUCUGCAAAUGGUACUGAUUGAACAAGUCUAAGGACCUAAUAGGCCUGCUCAGAGCAUCACGGACCGCAGCUUGGUUCUAUUUUAUUGAGCUAUAUAUCGGCAGAAUAAUAUUAAGUACCCUUUUUGUCAAGUUUCUCAGUAUUAUCCUUAGUAUGACACCCUCC